CCAAAAAGUAGAAAAGGAUCACAUUUAUCUUCCAUUGAGCGGAAAUUCACUUUUUCUAGAAAAUUACUACGGGGGUAAAGUGAAAUUCGACUAUCGAUGAAAUUUUUGGCAAGACAAAGAUUUCCAGAGGCAGAAGUUGGAAGACAGUUGCACACGUUUCUGAGUUGCGAACAUCUUUGUUGAGUGAGAAAUCAGCAAAAGCCCAAAACUAGGAGAAGAAGAAGAAGAAGAAGAUCGAGAAGCAGCAGUCCUGUCUCUGUCCUCCCUGCAAAUCCCCAUCUCAGCCACGCAAUUUCUGGUCCCACCCCCUGCCUCGAUCAGACGGCAAAAAAUAGAUAGGUUUCACAAGAAGCCAGAGCCGUAGGGGCAUUUCCGGAAAUUAAGGAUCCACAGCGUGUAGGCGAUAGGGACAAUCCGAAUCAUUUCUUUUUAAAGUGAAUACGGAGGAGAGCCAACCGAAAACGGCGUUGGAAAGUCGAAAGCUUGUGAAACUGAAAGCAGGCGCAGGUGGUAGACGUUUUCUGGUACGUUGGGGACAGUAUUGGAAAUUUAAAUUAUAAGGGAGACACGGACACGCAACCGUGAAAACGGCAACACCAAGUUUCAUAGGAGCUUCGCUCGGUGCCUGCUUUCUUUUCUUUCUCAGGUGAUAGAUCCGUUUCCUUCUCAAUUUACCAUUUUUUACUUUUACUGAUGGUACAAACAUGAAUUGAAAGACUAAACUAAACAUAAGAAAAAAAAAAAAAAAGUCUUACCCAAUUUUGUUUAACAGUUGACGUAAGUUACUUUUGGUAAUUCACUCUUUAUCAGAUGAAUAUUAAAAUAGUUUUCCUUAUAUGGGCUACAUUAUGUAAGUAACUUUUACGUAUGAAUAUGAUGUAUUAAUUAUUUAAUUAUUUUAUUUAAUGAGAAUUUGAUAAGUUAUUUUUCUUACAAGGGUAAAUCUGAGUAUAGUAGUACUAAAUAGUUUAUGUAAUUUGAUAAAUAAGUAUAUAGUAUAGUUAAAUUAAAGGCAAAAACAAAAAAAAAAAGAGAAAGAAAAAGAAAAAAGAACAAAAAAUGGGGAUGUUAUAAUUAUUAUUGAUAUGAAUGCCUUAUGAUGAUGAUGUUGGUAUGGUAGUAGAAGUGAAGGAGGAAACAAGAUCCAUGAUCUUGAUCUGCCAUUUGCAUUUGCAUUUGGGCAAAAAUUAAAUCCAAAAAAGAAAAGGAAAAAAAAAUCAAAGUGGGGGAGGAACCAGGCCAGCCAACCCAAUCCCAUAAGGAAAAAAGAGUGCCAAAGCCAAGAUUGGUGCUUUACCACCCGUCUCGCUUCCGAUUUCCUCGCAUUUCGUGCCCUUUCUAACAAAACUUAACUUUCCCAUUUCUCUCAAUCGAUCCGAUCUCUGCCUUCUCAGGUUUUUAGAUCUCUUCCUUCUUCUCUUUUUUCUCUGCCUGCCAUUUCACUAUUAUUUCGUUUUCAGUGCGUUGAUUCGUGCUUUGCUCUUCUCCCGAGACGAUAACCCUUCUCUUCAAUUUCUAUAUUUUAAUCUUAAUUUUUCUUUAAUUCGUGAAUUAGGGUUUUCAGGGCUGUGUUAAAAAUAAAUGCUAGGACUAUUGUCAUAGCCAUAUCUAUCAUUUGGAGGUAUUUUUUUGUCAGUGUGUGUUUCUAGCUUUGGCAUUAUAUUGAAGAGAGGAGAUCCGUGGAGGCCUGAGUUGAGUUGUUUCUAUCUGGAUCCCAUCAGAGAUCUGUCAACGUUCCAAUUAAUUUCUUCCACAGAGCUCUUCCUUUUCUUUCCAUUGAUUUUGUGACAUUGUAGAUUUUCUGUGGGGCCUGUACUGAAUUUGCUGCUGCUGCUGCUAUUGCUGUUGCCUCUGGUUCGACGAUUGCAUAGGGCUCUAUGCCCUCUUUGUCUUCUCUGCAUUUGUUAUCUUGAGCUGCAUUGUUCAUUGUUUAUGUCUUAAAUGAAGAAAUGAGAUAGUUGGCAAAGUGGGCAAAAUGGGGAUUUGGGGAUGUAAUUUUGGUACAAAUUCACCGGCUUGUUUAAUUUUGCCGGGGACGGGAACAUAGAAGAAGGGAGAGUUAGUUACCUAACAGGCUUAUAGUAGUUCUAGCAUAUAAUAUAAUACUUUAUAGAAUUCUCCAAUGGGGACGGUUACAUGGGAGAAUUUGUAUUACUUAUGAUUUCAGGGCACCCUUUACUGUCUUCAUCCGAGUCUUCCUCUGUGGUGGUGCAUCGCCGGGGUAAUUCCUCUUGCAACUUGCCUUCCUUUCGCUGCCUCUGCCACAAUGUGUCUUUUUCUUCUUCCACAUUCGAUGAGACUCAGAGCAGAUUUUUAGAGUUAAAAGACCAACAAGAAGAGGACCAGGAACAGGAAGAAACUGCUGUCUUUGCUGGAGCUGCUCCCCGUUCUCAUUUGAAACCUCUUACCUCUCUUGCACAUUCUCUUUCUGUUGCUACCUCGAAACAGUUGUAUUCUGCUGACUCUGGUUUCUUUCAGCACUUCUCAUUGGAAUGCCCCACGAAGGAUCGGGGAAGCCAGGUAUCGUGGGGUUCCAUGGAGCUGCACAACAACAAUAAUACUUGUACCACCUUUGAUAUUUCCAGGGGUUCAUCUCUGGUGCAAGAUAAGUUAAGUAAGUCCAGGAGGGUUCGCAACAAAAGCGUGGAUUUUGAUGAUAAUCUGUUAUAUUCGGGAAAUCCCAGGUUGAUCUACAUUAAUGAUCCGAGGAGAACAAAUGACAAGUAUGAGUUCACUGGGAAUGAGAUUCGGACAAGCAAAUAUACGCUCAUCACUUUCUUGCCCAAGAACCUUUUCAUUCAGUUUCAUCGGGUUGCCUAUUUGUAUUUCCUGGCUAUCGCUGCUCUCAAUCAACUUCCACCUCUAGCAGUCUUUGGGAGAACCGUGUCUCUUUUCCCACUCUUGUUUGUGCUUUGUGUCACGGCAAUUAAAGAUGGUUAUGAGGAUUGGAGAAGACACAGGUCGGACCGUAAUGAGAACAACCGAGAGGCCCUGGUUCUUCAGUUGGGGGGAUUCCGAUUGAAGAAAUGGAAAAAGAUAAGAGCUGGGGAGGUUGUCAAGAUCCAUGCUCAUGAGACAAUUCCAUGUGACAUGGUUUUGUUAGGGACAAGUGACCCUAGUGGACUUGCCUACAUCCAGACCAUGAAUUUGGAUGGUGAAUCAAACCUGAAGACGAGAUAUGCGAGGCAGGAAACAGCUUCUUCAGUAUUUGAAGGUUGUAAUGUAACGGGGCUGAUCAGAUGUGAGCAGCCUAAUAGGAAUAUCUACGAGUUCACAGCCAAUAUGGAGUUCAAUGAACAAAAGUUCCCCCUCAGCCAAUCAAACAUUGUUUUGCGUGGUUGUCAGCUGAAGAACACUGAUUGGAUAAUUGGCGUGGUGGUUUAUGCCGGGCAGGAAACAAAAGCAAUGUUAAACAGUGCAGUAUCCCCUGCAAAGCGAAGCAAAUUGGAAAGCUACAUGAACAGGGAAACCUUAUGGUUGUCAAUUUUCCUUCUUGUCAUGUGUUCUGUUGUUGCUGUUGGGAUGGGCCUUUGGCUUCAUCGUCACAAGGACAAGCUUGAUACCUUACCUUAUUACAGAAAAAGAUACCUAACAAAUGGAAAGGAUAAAGGGAAAACAUACAGAUAUUAUGGGAUCCCUAUGGAAACUUUUUUCUCCUUAUUAAGUUCUAUUAUUGUCUUUCAGAUAAUGAUACCAAUCUCUCUUUAUAUUACAAUGGAGUUAGUUCGCUUGGGACAGUCUUAUUUCAUGAUUGAAGAUAAGCAUAUGUAUGACAGCAACUCUGGUUCAAGGUUUCAGUGUAGAUCAUUGAACAUAAAUGAGGACUUGGGUCAAGUACGAUAUGUCUUUUCAGACAAAACAGGCACCCUUACUGAAAAUAAAAUGGAAUUCCGAAAUGCAAGUGUCCAUGGGAAAAAUUAUGGAAGCUCCAAUCUCACAGAUGACUUAUCGGAGGAACAUAACAUCAGAGCUGUUCUUAGAAGCAGAUGGAAGCUUAAGUCUGAAAUUUCUAUUGAUUCUGAACUUCUGGACAUGUUGCAUAAAGAUUUGCCUGGAGAUGAAAGAAUUGCUGCACAUGAGUUUUUCCUCACCCUGGCUGCAUGUAAUACUGUGAUCCCAAUUGUUUCCCAGGAUACUUCUUCUGGUCAUGGACGAAGUGAAUCAUGGGAAGAUGUGGAAGCUAUUGAUUAUCAGGGUGAAUCUCCUGAUGAGCAAGCACUAGUUUCUGCAGCCUCUGCUUAUGGGUACACUCUCUUUGAGCGAACAUCAGGGCAUAUUGUGGUCGAUAUCAAUGGAAAUAAACUAAGGUUGGAUGUUUUGGGGUUGCAUGAGUUUGACAGUGUGCGCAAGAGAAUGUCAGUUGUUAUAAGAUUUCCCAACAACACUGUCAAAGUGUUAGUGAAAGGUGCUGAUACCUCAAUGUUCAGCAUUUUAGCAAAGGACACUGAGAGAGAUGAUCAGAUUAGACAAGCAACUCAGAGUCAUUUGACUGAAUACUCGUCGGUAGGUCUCCGCACUCUUGUAGUUGCUGCAAAGGAUCUUACAGAUGCAGAACUUGAGCUGUGGCAAUGCAGAUAUGAAGAUGCUAGCACUUCUUUGGUUGACAGAGCUGCAAAAUUACGUCAAACAGCAGCUCUAGUAGAAUGCAACUUAAAUUUACUUGGUGCGACUGCAAUUGAGGAUAAGCUACAAGAUGGUGUACCGGAAGCCAUUGAGGCUCUUCGGCAGGCAGGAAUUAAAGUCUGGGUUCUGACUGGAGAUAAACAGGAAACAGCAAUUUCUAUUGGUCUGUCUUGUAAACUUCUGACUGCAGAUAUGCAGCAAAUAAUCAUAAAUGGCAAUUCAGAGGAGGAGUGUAGAAAUCUUUUGGCUGAUGCAAAGACUAGACAUGGUGUGCAAUCAUCAAACAGAAAAAAGCAAAACUUGAAAAGGAAAAAGAACUCAGAAAAUGGAUAUCUUGAUAUACUUGAUGAUACAAAAUCUUCCAAUGUGCUGCAGCGGCUUGCUGGAAGGGAAGAACUAGCUGUACGUGCACCCCUGGCACUCAUAAUUGACGGGAACAGUUUAGUCUAUAUAUUGGAGAAGGAUUUAGAAUCAGAGCUUUUCAGCAUUGCAACUUCCUGUAGGGUAGUGCUAUGUUGUCGUGUCGCGCCCUUGCAGAAAGCUGGAAUUGUUGAUCUUAUCAAGAGCCGCACUGAUGACAUGACACUGGCUAUUGGUGAUGGGGCUAAUGACGUUUCAAUGAUCCAAAUGGCGGAUGUUGGUGUUGGAAUAUGUGGUCAGGAAGGACGGCAGGCGGUGAUGGCAUCAGAUUUUGCUAUGGGCCAGUUUCGGUUUCUAAAAAGAUUACUUUUGGUGCAUGGUCAUUGGAAUUAUCAGCGUGUUGGUUACCUAGUUCUUUACAACUUCUACCGCAAUGCUGUCUUUGUGUUGAUGCUAUUCUGGUACAUAUUAUGCACAGCCUUUUCAACAACUUCUGCAUUAACAGAUUGGAGUAGUGUAUUUUAUUCUGUUAUAUACACAUCUGUCCCUACUAUUGUUGUUGGCAUUCUGGACAAGGACUUAAGUCAUAGGACACUUCUACAGUAUCCAAAACUUUAUGGUGCAGGGCAUAGACAUGAGGCCUAUAAUCUGCAACUCUUCUGGAUAACAAUGAUUGACACACUAUGGCAGAGCCUUGUUCUGUUCUAUAUACCUCUCUUUAUGUAUAAGGAGAGCUCGAUUGAUAUAUGGAGCAUGGGCAGUUUGUGGACUAUUGCUGUUGUUGUUCUUGUUAAUAUUCACUUGGCAAUGGACAUUCGGCGUUGGGUAUUCAUUACACAUGUUGCAGUGUGGGGAUCAAUAAUGAUUACAUAUGCCUGUAUGGUGGUAUUGGAUUCUAUACCUAUCUUCCCAAAUUACUGGACAAUCUACCAUCUGGCAACGUCACCCACCUAUUGGCUCACCAUUUUGCUCAUAAUAAUUGUUGCUUUACUUCCUCGCUUUCUUGUCAAAGUUGUACAUCAGAUUUUUUGGCCUUCAGAUAUUCAAAUAGCCAGAGAAGCAGAGAUACUAAGAUAAUUGCCUCCUAAUUUGAGGUCAAAACCAGAUGAAGCGUCCAGUUAACAUGUACAUUACACCCUCUAUUGAGAUGGUUUUCUGACUCUGUCCAUCAUAUGGCUGUCCUGUGGCAUGCAAUUGUAAGUUACGAUGAGUUGCAAAAGCUGAUUUUGCGCAAGCAUGUGAAACAAAUGAUUGACAUUUGACAGCGCAGCAGGAUAAUCAAUGUUCUUAUGGGGAGGGAAAGAGAGGAAGGUGAUAGCAAAGGAGAGUGGCCUGGAUGAUGUAUACUAUACAGCAAUGUCAUUUGGAUGAUUCAGCUCUGGUCAGGAAAUGGGUGGAAAGAGGAAUCUCCUAAAUCUGGUUGAUAUUUAUUUGAAUUUAAUGAACAGUUGGUGAGUCAAAACUCCAUCAGAGUAUUAGGGCAACGGAGAGGAUGAGUCAUUUAAAGGAAAAAUGAUAGAAAAAAUAGUGGAAAACUGUAUAGUAACAUUAUAUAAGAACUGUAUAAAAAUCAGGUAACUUUUUUUUUUUUCCAAAUAGAAUGAGGUGUUGAGAGCAAUACAUGAUAUAAAUAAGUAAUUCUUAUGAAUCUGUUUGCCGAUAUGAUAUUGUAAACUCCCUUUUAAGCC